AUGAUCUCACGGUCGGCGAUUGGAAGACACGCACAGCUUGCUGUUCGCAGGCAAUGCUGUGCUCAGCCAGCUAAUCGUCGUGGCCUUGCUGCCGUUUCCUCCGGAUCGACUUCAUUUUCAUACGAAUCAUCUGAUGUUGCUGGAGUUAAAGUCGCAAGCAGAGAUGUUGCUGGAGCCACCACAAAACUCGCUGUCGUUGCUAAGGCUGGAACAAGAUAUCAGACUGCACCAGGUUUGACAUCAGGCUUAGAGCGAUUUGCAUUCAAGAACACCUUGAAGCGAUCCGCUCUCCGUAUCUGUAGAGAAUCUGAACUCUUGGGCGCACAAUUGAACGCUUACCACACCCGCGAGGCACUCGUCGUUGAGGCUAAGUUUCUUCGGGAGGAUUUACCAUACUUUACCGAGCUCCUUGGUGAAGUCAUUUCCGCGACAAAGUAUACUUCUCAUGAAUACCACGAAGAAGUCGAGCACCAGAUUAAGUUGGGCCAAAAGAAACUCCUUGGGAGUGUAUCCGAGCUUGCUAUCAACUCAGCACACGGUGUUGCAUUCCAUAGAGGACUCGGAACGCCUCUCUUCCCAUCUUCAUCUACACCUCUCACAAAAUACUUGAGCUCAGACUCCGUCAGCGAAUUCUCAACCCAAGCAUACUCAAAGUCAAACAUCGCCGUUGUUGCAAAUGGUGCCAGCCAGGCAGAUUUAUCGAAAUGGGUAGGAGAGUUCUUCACUGGUGCUCAUGCUGGACAAGGUCUCUCUGGUCCUGGUGCCACUAAAUACUAUGGUGGUGAGGAACGUAUUGCCCAUGGCUCGGGUAAUUCAUUUGUUCUCGCUUUCCCUGGAUCUAGUUCCUUUACAGCAGGAGAAUCAUACAAACCUGAAUUCUCCGUCCUCGCAUCUCUCCUCGGUGGAAAAUCAAGCAUCAAGUGGUCCACUGGAUUCUCAAUCUUAUCCAAGGCUGCAUCUUCAUUCCCAGGAGCCAGCGCCACAGCUACUAACUUUGCUUACUCUGAUGCUGGACUUCUGGCAAUUCAAUUCAAUGGUUCUGCGUCUGCUGUUAGAUCAGCUGCUAUUGAGGCUGUCAAGGCCCUCAAGGCAAUUUCUGAAGGCUCCAUCAGUCAAGAAGAUUUCACAAAGGCUGUCGCUAAUGCCAAGUACAACGCAUUGGAGGAAGGCCAAAACGUUGAGGCUGGUCUUGUCUUGACUGGCUCUGGACUUGUCCACGGCGGUAAGGCAUUCCAAAUUGACGAAGUUGGCAAGAGCGUCGAAUCUGUCAGCAUUGAGAAGUUGAAAUCGGCUGCAAAGGCUAUUUUGGAGGGCAAAGCUACAGUUUCGGCAGUUGGUGAUCUUUAUGUUCUUCCUUAUGCAGAGGAGCUUGGUCUUUCAGUGUAA